GGUCAAGAGGGUUUGUUCCAUAACACACACACACACACACACACAAAAAGAGAGAAAAAGAAAAACCUAGAAUUUUUUUCAACGAACAACAAGAUUGAGCUCAGAUUCUACAAAACUUCGCCUAAAUCUUCUAUCUACUUCUUGUCUCUGUGACCCUCCUGUGUUCUUAUUCUCCUUUUCCACACAUAUCUUCAUCAUCUUAUCUUUAUCUUGUUAGAAUCGGCGAUGGAUCCAUUUUAUAUGGUUUCUUCAAUCAUCGACCUACGCAAAGGAUUUGGGUAAUAAAAGCUGCAACUUGCAGGUUCACUUUCAGAGUGUUAUUAUAUGCCCUUAGAUAUAUGUUUGUUUUCUGACUUUGAAGAAGAAUGAGCUUGUCCAAAAAAGCGGCUUCUGCCAUUGACAAAAAGCUUAGUGCGACAGGAAAGACAAUAAGUUUAAAUCCAGAUGCAGCAGAAUUUGUUCCAUUUGCUCUAAGAUCACCUUCUGCAACCGUUCGUGCUCCAGAUGUGUCGUCAAGUUUCGGUAAUUUUGGUGUUACAACACCAGGGAAAGCAGUACUAGAUAGAUCCGAGUCAUCAGUGUCAAAUAAUUCAGAUGAUGAGGCACACCAAUACUGGCGUCACCAGCUACCUGAUGAUAUCACUCCUGACUUUAAUGUUGCAGGAGACGAAGAUUCCCAAGCAAUCAAUAUGCUUCCCUUUUCAACGCUGUCUUUAGCAGAUGUCAAUGAAACAUCACGGUUCACUGCAUCAGCAGGAAGUGCCUUUAUGUUAAAGGAGCAGCAGGAAUCAUCUCCUCAUCAAACAAAUGGCGGUGACUUUUCCAAGAAGAUGGGAUAUCACAUUUCAUCAUAUGGUGAAAAUUCACCCUCAGCUAGUUUUCAGCAAUUGCCUGCUAAACCAUGGGAUAUGCAUGGUGAUCAGUUGCUCUCCAGUAUUAGAGAUGGGCCUUCCUACAAUGGUGAUCCUGGGCAUGGGUACCUAGAUGACAUGCUUAAUGAGCAACAGAUGGAGGGUACAGAAGUAAACCCUCUUGAAUUUUUGGCUUCCCAAUUUGCAGGUUUUGCAGCUGAAAGUCUUGCAGAAGUUUAUUUUGCAAAUGGAGGAGACUUGAAUUUGACAAUUGAGAUGCUUACUCAGCUUGAGCUUCAAGUAGAUGGUGGCUUUAAUCAGAAUCUGAACUCCAAGGCUUUGUCUGCUCCAAAUCUUAGUGCCCUGGAUUUUCCUGCACUCUCUCCUACAGAGGGUCAAAAUGGUGUUCCCAAAUUUUCCGGAGAUGAUCACCAACAUCAUAUCAAUCCUUAUCAUCCUUUGGAGAAGGACAACUUGCUCAUGUUCAAAUCUUCCUCUGCCGCUCCAUCUGGUGGUGCUACAGAUUUUGCUUCUGCUGUUAGAAAAAUGGCUUCACAGGACUCGAGCAUAUGGAAGUAUAAUAGAAACCCUUCUCAAGAUGCCACAAUUGGAUCAAGCAGAAGCUCUCACGUCUUGGCCAGCGCUUAUAACGGUGGGCAUGGAAGGACCAAUUAUGGAGAUAGAUUGGCCAAUAGGAAUUCAAGCCGUUCAGCUCCUGUCUGGCUUGAAACUGGAGAAGCAGUCGCAAAUAUGUAUUCUGAGAUGCGUGGUGAAGCUCGUGAUCAUGCACGUCUGCGGAAUGCAUACUUUGAACAGGCACGGCAGGCAUACCUUGUUGGAUACAAGGCUUUAGCUAAGGAACUAAGCGUGAAGGGGCAACUGCACAACAUGCAAAUGAAGGCGGCUCAUGGAAAAGCUCAAGAAUCUAUAUAUCGUCAAAGGAAUCCAGUGAGUCCAAGUAUGCAGGGCAAUGGAAGAGGAGGGCAGGAAAGGUUAAUUGACCUCCAUGGGCUACAUGUGACUGAAGCCAUUCAUGUCCUAAAACGAGAUCUCACAAUGCUGAGGAACGUUGCCAGGUCAGCAGAUCAACAUCUCCAGGUGUACAUAUGUGUUGGAACAGGACACCACACUAGAGGGACCCGCACUCCAGCUAGACUUCCUGUUGCUGUCCAGAGAUAUUUGCUUGAGGAAGAGGGCCUCGACUACUCUGAGCCCCAGCCUGGGCUCCUCCGAGUUGUGUUAUAUUGAAGACAUAUCACCCAGUUUGCAGGUGCAAUGUAUGAUGGAUAGAAUUGUUUUUUAUAUGAUAGCUUUUGCAAAAUUUAGAAAUUUUGAAUUCCAUUCGUUCAUACCGUUUUGUCUUUUCUCAUCUAUAGCUGGAUUUCCCUUACUGUUUGUUAUCUUCGGGACCCAUAGGAUAGUUGUUGAGGUACCCAGUUCUCCUUAGGACCACUGGGAGUUUCCUGACUGUUAUCUUUUGAGCCCUACAUUAUUAGUCGACCAGGACUCAUAGGAUUAGUCGAGGUAUGCACAUGUUGGUUCAGUUCUCAUUAGGGCCAGUAGGAUUUUCAUGACGGAUAUCUUUAGGUCCCAUUAGGGUCCUAGGGAGUGAGUUAAGGUCUAUAAUUAUAUCUAUAUAUAUUGGGUAUGUAUGGUUUAGUUGGGAACAGUAAACAAACCCCUCAGUUUCUAGGCUCGGGCCUGUAUGAAGUUUAAGCUAGAUAAGUGCAAAUUGCUUGCCGUCAAUCCCAAACCAGCUGGCAACCAAUUACAAAUUCGCGGGAAGAAAUCGUAACUGGCUUGGACCCGAUGAUUAUUGAUCGGGUUUGGAUUCUCAUGGACCCAUUACUCAAUAUUGUGUGUACUUGAAAAGCAUAUAGUUGUCGUGUUGUUUUUUAUGGAAACAAAAUGCGACUUCGGGGCUGUUUGGUUGAUUUUUUAUCAAGUCCUGUGUGGGUAAAGUUGUUUGUGUGGACUAAAAUGUUUGUAUAGGUUAAGAAGGUUUUUGUUUGAGAUGUUUUUUUUUGUAGAUGGGAUGAGCGUUUUUUUCUAUUUGGGAAAGGCCAAAAAACUUGUUUUCUGCAUAAAGCUUCCUCUAGAAACUUAAUGAAUAAGUCAUUUUGUAUACCAUUAAGCUACUUUCAAACAGUCACUUAUAACUAAUCGGAUGAGUUGCGAGUCUGAAUU